AUGGCUGGUGCCGAGCACGGGAACACCGAGGCUGAUGUAGGAGAAGGAAGAAUGGCUGCUAGUGAGGGAGCGAACGGAGGGGAAUAUGCGGAUGAAGGACAAGAUGGUCGAGGUAAAAAAAUAUUUACGAAGCCACUCAUAUUUGUAUCGUAUUUUUUAGGGGGUUCAGCCUGGAGCGGUCGCGAAGAGACGGAGAAAAAAAUUGUUUUUAAGAUGCAUAUCCUGACAGCUUUCGAAGGCCCUUCAACCUCCGGUCGCUAAGUCUUCCCCUUUGUGCCGCUUAUUUUUUUCACCAAAUGUUUCUGACAUUGAGUUUUUCUUCCGCCAGGCGACACUGAACUUUUCAGCAAGUCGCUGAAAAUCCAAUCUAAACGUUUUUACGUGGAUGUGAAGCAAAAUCGUCGUGGCAAGUUCAUCAAAAUUGCAGAGGUUAGUCGUGAAACAAUAAAAUCCUCUAGCCGGCAGCGAAGGAAGACAUUUGCACCUUCGCUGAAGCUUUACCGAGCCGCGGGUUUUAACUAGGUAAUGUCCUCUUCUCGGGAAAACCGUAAACAAGCUAACGUGAUAGUUUGAGUGGGCUGUCUUUGGCUGUCUCUGCAUUUAUUUAUUACAACUGGAUUGGCGCAACGGAAAGGUGUGAAGCGGUGGAGAGUAAAAUAUCCGCGAGAGAAAAAAGCCCAAACCUAGCAGGGUGUCUCUACCACUCUCUCGGUUUUUAGAACACCUUACAUGCAAUUAUUAAGCGUUCGCUUAAGUAAGGCUGUCAUGAGUUGAUAAUUUUCGAAUCCGUCCGCAGUCUUGCGAAUUCGCGGACAAUUUUUUUUGGUCGAGUUGAAUUUAAAUGGCCGGGACUUCCUGUAGAGUUAUAAAUAAGGUAUGCAGACAAAAUGUACUGCUAUUUGUUACUCGUGCUAUGAAGAUUUGCUGUUUCUUGCAUUCGCACUUAAUUUCUGUUCGGAACAAAAACUUUUGUAUCCAGUCUUCAAGUGCAGGAAAUAUUUUAUUCUCGAAAAGAAAGACAGUGUUUUGAUAUUACGAUAAAAAUCACCGAUUAUCAAUUAUUCAGCUGUAUUGGCAGGCCGCUAGCAUGUUCUGCUAUUGUAGUUAGCAUUUCCACGUUUUUAUUUGUCCACUUCAAGAACCAAAUCAGCAAGUUCUUUUGAACUAUCUUUUUCUGAAAUAAAAAGCACGAAAAUAAAGUAAGAAAAUCAGGUUGACUGUUUUGAUUUAGAUAUGUUUUUUCAUGCAUAAAAUCUUGCCGGCUGACAAAACGUUUUCAGGAACUAAUUAUGUAAAUUUUUUUGCUAUUGUGAUUUUCCUGAAUUCUUAGGGUUGUCGUAUUUUGGUACAAACCAGGAGUGAAAUAUGUUCUCUUGCCGUCAUCCACAAUAACUGUUUACUUUGAUUGAAGAUGUCUUCGUUGGUCGAUCAUCAACAAGUUAUGUUACGACAAAAUAUUAGCUCGUACAAUUUGCACGCUUUUAUAAUUUGACAUGCUACGAUUUCAUUUUUUUUUUGUAUUGUCGUCUGAAGUUUUGAUUUUAGUGUUUGCCUGUUGGAAAGAAGGCCAAAAUCGAUUUAUCUACAGAGAUAAAAUGGCAUUUUACAGAAAAUAAAAAUCCAGAUUCUGGUAAACAGUUGUGUAAUGCCUUCACUGCAUAGCGAAACUGAUAUGAAUAUUAUGUUAGAGGUUUACGUCCAUUGCUCAUUUUUCCGUUCGAAUAAUCAGAUGAAAGGAAUUGCCUUAUUUUCUGAUAGGUUAGGCUCAGUCAAAUCAAAUGUAAUCAGUCAAUUGUAAUUUGUCAAAGUUUCGCACUCAUCUAGAUAGCUUUCACAUAAUCAUCAUUGCUAAGAUAUUCAAGUCUGUGUUAUGGAUUGUCUGGAACUUAAGGUAAAAGAACAAAGGAAAAGAACCAUAAAGGAUUAUGUAUUAAAUUAUUCAUGAGUGUUUACAAUAUGACUAGUAUAUUGAAACACCUGAAGGAAUUGUUUUAGACAUUUAAUCUGCCACAAGCUUGUGUGGUCAAAUUUAUUGCAUAGCUUUACCUUUAACUUGUGGCAUAUUAGAAGAUAUUUAAAUUUUCCAUGCUAAAUUGUUCCUUUUUUUUUUCCUCUGAGUGAGCCCUCUUGCCUUAAUUGUAAACUCAUUGAACUUCCCUUGUACAUUGGUUUCAAUGAAAAACAAAAUUGAAUUUUUUGUCUUGAAGGUACUUAAGUUAUAGAACUGGGGCUAUGUAUGUGUAUGCAUUUUCUCAGGUGUUGUGUGCUAGUGAUCUGAGCGGGGUGAUACUGAUUAAGACAAUAACAAUUGUCUAAACUAUCGCAUGUGUGUAUGUCUUCAAUUCUAGGUGACUAAUAGUGCAUAUUUAUCAAAUCUUUGGCACUUGAUGUGAAGAAUAAAUUUCUGUGCCUUAUGAAAACCAUGUUUGAGGGAUAUGUUGAGAGUUUUUGAUACAGGAAAAUACAUGACAACUGUGCAAAGCUGCUGGGGUUAGAGCAUUGUUUUGAAGGAAAAGUUGGAUCUGUAAAAUAAGUAUUGUCAUGAUAAUUAUCUAUCAGACUGUAUAGAUCAAGAACAUAAAGCUACAUGAUGCUUACUCAUACUUGUAAGGACAAAAAUAGAAAUAAUUAUAUCAAAAUGUCACUAGAAAUUGAAAGGAUGCUUUCCCCUGACAGAGUUUUUUAUGAACUGUUUUAGCAGGAGUAUAGUGUGUCUAUAUGUACAUGAAAAAGGUACAUGUAAUUCAGGUCAUUGAGUUUUAUUCAGGGAAUUGUGUAUACAUGUAGUUGCUGGAUAAAUCUCCAGUCUUUAAUUUACUGGUUGGUCACUGCCCACACACUGUAAAUAUUAUUGUAACAGAGGUCAUUAAUACUUGGAGUCCAGAUAUAUUGGUGUCUUGGUAACUUCAGUCUUUUUUAGUUUUUUUUUUUAUCAAAGAAAAAGUUAUAUUAGCUUGUAGAGUGGUAUGUUGCUCGCACCAAUCAGAUCACCGCAUUAGGUUAUGUAUCUUGCACCAAUCAGAUUGCUGCAUUAGGGUAUGUAUCUCACAGCAAUGAUGUCACAGAAUUUUGAUAUCAUGCACCAGUCACAGCAUUUGGGGUUUUUUUUUUUUUUAACAUUUUUUCCUGCUCCUUUUCCUACAACACACAUGCCAAACAACUGACAUUCCAUCACGUACUAUGAAAACAAUGUCCAAAGUCCAAUCAGAACAUACCUAAUCAUUGUACCACAUGAACAUUAGGCAAUUUUUCAAGUGCUUGAAUGGUAUUGCACCAAUCAAAUUCCAUUUAGCUAAAUUAGACUUUGCUCCAUCACAUGCCAUUUCCUUGUAAACAACCUGCAUUUUAUCAGGUAUUCUAACCACACUAUCCAACUCCACUGAAAAAAAUUCGCAUGAAACUUUAUACUGCUGAUAGAGAAUUUCCCAUGCAUUUUUCCAUGUUUUGACUUUUUCUACAAAUAAAUUUGCUUUUAGCUACCUUGGGAUUAAACCAAUAGCAUGUUAAUUCCUUUUAAACAACCUGCAUGUGAUCAUGUAUUUCACGCAGAGGGCAAAGUCCAGAUAGGCAACAACUACAAUGAGAACUACGGGUUCUACCAGUAAUUGUGUUAUCCAAUAAAGUCAUUAUUAUUAUUAUUAUAUAAUUAUUAUUAAUCAAGGAGCCCUAUUUGAAAUAUUAUCCUUUUCUCUUGCUCAGUGUAUCUACCAUUAUAUGAGGCUACAAUGUAUCUUUGGUUAGGGUCUAUUGGAGAUACAUCAGUUUCAGUCAGCUUUUUGCAAUGAAAUUACAUGGAAUUAUAAUUUUGAGGCGAUUAACUAGAGACAAAUAAUUUUGAUUUUGUUUCUGCUGGAGGAAUGGCUGUAAGCAUAGUCUCUUUCAUAAUCGUUAUUUGGUCAUGUCGUGCAAUAACUCUUCAGAGGGUUUUGUGAGACGAGACCAAACAUUGGCUGCAAAGGAGACUACAGUAAGCGUGGCACUGAUGCAUUUUAUUUUUGCGCAGAAAUAGUUUAAAAACAGAGACAAUAGACCAGAUAAUACCUGUGUGGGUUUAGAUUGUUUUUUCUCUUUCUCUUGAAGUGAAGUAAUGCAAUAUUUUUGUUCUUUUGAAAGUUGUGAAAACAUUGGGAAGUGUCUCAUUUUGACCUACCCAGCCAAAAAAUAACUCUUGUAUGCUAUGCAUACCUAAAGUAUGUUUAAAUGAUACCUUUAUCAUUUUUUGUUGCUUGUUUUCUAUUUAGGUUAUUUUCUCUAUUAUGUUCCUGUUACUUUCUUGGCUUUGAAUGUUUUUGACACCAAUUUGUCCUCUGAUUGUGACAAGCAACCGUAAAAUUGGAAUUUUACUGAAUUGUAUUGGCACCUUUUCAAUUCUUAACCAGAUAUUUAUAGUAAAAAUUACGAGGCUUUAAAUGCCCAUGCACAUAUUAAAGUUUGUGUAAAAAGUAUUGUCAUCUUUCCCAUGUAAAUGCUGUAGCUUAUUGUUGGCUCCUAUGCUUGAAAACAUUAAGUUAGUUUUUCCAUUUUUAAAAGUCUCUGCUAUGUUCAAAAGUCCUGUUAAGAAAAAAGCAGUUGAUGAAUUAAAUUAGGGGUGGAAUAGUAAGUAUUCCAGGAACAUGGUGACAAAGGAUGGGAUUGAUUGCUAAGAAAUUAAGCUACUGGCUGAAAUUUCAAGUAAGGUAGCAUAAAGGUGGCACCCUAAAGAAGGUGCUUUGUGUGCAUUGAGAAACCCAGCCUGCCAAUGACAUUUCAUCCCCAGCUUCCUGUUCACAAAAUGGUGAAUGUAAGAAGUAAAAAAAAAAACUACAAACAAGCACUCAAAGCAACAUAUUAUUUCAAUUAUGUUACUUUUGGUAGCAUAAUGUAUGUUCAGGUUAAUGUAUACGAGUACCAAGGCCUGCAUAUCCCUUACAUCUUAUAUUUUGAUAGGUUUCUGUCAACCGCUCUGGUAAGAGCAAGGUGAUAUUCACUAUGGGUGUGGCGCGGGAUUUCUGUACCAAGCUGACGUCCUUUGCAAAUUUUCUUGCUCAGGGUAAGGGAUGUCUUUUUGCAAAUGACUUUUCCUUGGACUGUGAAAUAAAGAUUGAAAGUAUCCUUAUGGCAAUUGUCGAACUUAUUUUUGCAUGACAAAAUUUGGUGAGAAGAUUUUCAAAGUAUUGAUUAGUUUGUUCUGGACUGGAAGAAUUUAUUUGCGGGGCUUAUCACUUUUCUUUUCUUUUUAAAUUUUAUCUAUUUUUAUUUCACUUUUCUUCUGUUAUCUUGAUUUCAGCACCAAAACGUGAUGAGGAAUCAGAGGAAUCUGGCAAUUUGAUGAGGUACAUGUAGAAGGAGUGGUUAACAACUGCUUCACUUAGUCUAGGGUGCCUGAAACACAAAGGAGCUUCCACUAUUGGCAGCAGCCAGCUCCUAGAUGAAGACUUCUCCUAUGGCUGUCAAAUCCUGGCAACCCAGCUAAGAGCCUAUGGCACCCGUCACACUGAAUAAACAGUGGGAAGAGGGAGGGAAGGGGUGGGGAAAACUGCUGGGAUGACGAGCUGAUACUCUACACAACACUGCAAGUUUACACUCAGAGCACACUAACACCUCAAACAAACAGCACAUGAAAUUCUGACAUGUGCACAUGUGCAAAAAACCUCUGACUAUCACAGAACACUGAUGCUCUUUGUUGUUAACUCUGUUAAAUUGCAUUUAUUUUAUAUCAUUAUUCUGUGUGAAUAGCUUUUGCCACUCAAAUAGUUUCAUUAUUGCUCCAGAAUGUGUUUUUCAAUAACCACAUUUUUGUUUGCCAAGCUCUGUGAAUUCCUUGAACUCCCUCUCUCUGAACCCCUUUGAUUAUUCCACUUUUGUCUGGAAUAUUAUAUUCAGGACACACAAUGGGCUGCAGGUCUGUGUGAAAAACUGCUUGGACCAAGCCACUACUGUAUUUUGCUUUGUUUGACAUGGAAAAUUAAGUGUAUUGUGAAAAUUUUUUGACAGAAUAUUUUUAAUCUCAACAUGUCAGAAAUUCAGACUAUUCAAAAUUAGUGAUAGUAGUUUGUUUUGGAAGCAGCUCAUGCAAAGCACUUCUAACAGUGAUGUUUUGCAGCAAUCUGCUGCCUGAAGUGUGUCUUGGGCCAUGAGAAUUAAAUUAAGAUAGUCACCAGUGCCUUGAAGGGUUUCAAUAUUUUCUAGAACCAAGUGAUUUUCAUAAUCAGCUUCAUUAAUCAGACAUUACAUUUUUUGGUUGUAUUUUGUAGUGAAAGUAUCAGAGGUCCAAAUAACAGAAUGUAUUAUCUGGACCUUAAAGAAAACAACAGAGGAAAGUUCCUCAAGGUCUGUGUUGGAACUUGCUUUUAAUUCUUUCCAAUUUCUUCUAAAUGAUUAAGUUGUUUCAUAGGUAUUCAUGUAGUGCAACAUCCUCUCUUAAAUCACAUGAUACUUUAUUUUGAGGAAAAAAUUGUGACUGUAAUGUAUUCCUUGACAUUUUUCACAGACCUUUGAUACUCGUAUUAGGAUUUCACCAUUAGUGUGCAAUACUACUCGACAGUUAGAAAGGGCACCAAGGUUUUCUUUCGGUAAUGUUGUUUUAAGAGAAUUUUGUAGAGAAGCAUGGGAAUAACUCAGGCAAUGGACAUUUAGCAAGAGAUAUCUGCAGAGCAGGCUGAUACUGUUCUAAUCACUAAUGCUUACCUACAUUGUGAUGGAACUCAAGGUUUAUUUCUUUGCAUGGUUAAUUAUGGUCAAUAGUUUUUUUUGCUGGUUGAUUGAUAGUUCAUUAACCAGCAUUUGGAAUGUGCACAGUGAUGUCAUAGAGACAGACCUCUUUUCCGGGACCUCAUUGUUCCUUCCUAUUUGAAGUACAAAAUAUUGACUUAAUUUCAGUAAAGGCCAUUUUUGUUAGUGUUAGUUGUAAUUUUUUUCUCCUAAAAAGGUGUUCAUUUCUCUGUGUUACUGUACAGUUACAUACAGGCAAUGCAGUGUGCAGAACUCUUUUCAUCAGAAGGUUUUAUGAAGAAACAUGGUGCUUCAUGUUAACCAAAGGGGACUAACCUAAUAACACUUCUCAGUCUAUAUAACAUGUACAAACAGAAGAGUGGUGAUUCAGUUUUAUGGUACCAUAACCAUUCUUUGCAUAAAUCAUUUUCUUUUUCAGAUCAACCAAACUGGGACAUUUGGCCGUGGAGGUCGCACAAACAUAGCUGUUCCAGCUCAAGGCAUUGUGGACAUAAGAAAUGCCCUUUCAGAGGUACUGGAGGAGUACGGCUCUGAAGAAGGUUUGUGAAUUUGAAAAAGAUGUUUAAGGCCAGAUUAAUGAUUCCUCCAAAACAGUGCAAAAAUCACAUGCUGUGCAAUUCUUGUUUGGGUUUCCAUUUUCCUUCCCUCUCAUAGAUGCCUUCUGUUUUUCUUUUACCAUAGUGCUUGUGGGGGAAGGGAAGGAGUCUUUGUAGGGUUGUACUGCUGAGGCUCUCCUACCCUGACCCCUUUUUAACGCUGUCACUCUCAAGAUUAAAAUAUCCAUUUUCAUCAGUGUUUGCUAACAUUUCUUUUAAACUUGGAUCAAAUAUUUGAGAUCAAGAAUGUCUCCUGGUUGAUGUUUUAUUACUCCUCCUUACCUUCUGGCUUGAAAAGACAUUUUGGUAUUGUAGUGAGAAAUCCAGUUUUGGUCACUUUUGGGGAGGGGAGGGUUAUAAAAUAAUUCUGUUUUUCCUUUUCUCUCUUUCCCCCCCCCCGUUUAAGAUUAUCACCAUUAAACAGAUCAUGUGAUUAGAUCAACUUCUCAACUUAAGGUGCACCCUAUGGAAUUUCUCUGAUGUUUUUCCCAAGGAAAUGUCCCUAGCUUCAAGGGAGAAUUACCAUAUGUAAGCAGGUCAUAAGAAUUCUGUCCUGAAAAUUCCCACUUGUUGGCAAAGCCUGUUGAUUUUUUCACUUUGCUUUUUCUUUCAGAGGAAGUAUCCAGCGAUCUACCUGCCUCUCGUGAGCAGCGUGUGGAGCAAAAACGCUUCUAUUUUGAUGUUGGUAGCAACCCAAGAGGAGUGUACUUGAGGAUUUCUGAGGUGAGUUUUUCAAGCAUAGAUUAUCUGUUCAAUAAGCAGGCAUCUUACUUAAUAAGAGUCACUUGCCCUCUGGUAAGUUCAACACACUUGCACUUGAUAGGUUUGGGGUUGAGCACUGGUUGGUCUGUGGUCUCUGGUGAGUGAGAAAUUAGAUGCUAUUCACCCUCACAGGUUAAAGGGUUAUGCUCAUGAAACUGAGAUAAGUUCUGGCUGUAAUGAACCAGUACCUUUUUUUUCUUUUACUGAGAUGGAAAAUUUUUAUUCAUCCCUAUUUCUUUGGGUUGGUCUCUCUUUUUUUUUAGACCGUGAAACAUGUUUUCAAGCUUUGUUGCACAUUCUGAAUUGAUCUUAUUUUGGGAGAUUUCUUUUCAUUGUCAACUCAACACUUGAGAAUUCAAAGGAUGUCAAGAAGGCCAACCUCAGAAAGCAAUUUUGGGAAUUGUACAUUUAUUCCACUUAAAAAAUGUACCGUUUGCAUCAUGUUCAGUGAAGUAUUUUACCUCACCCUUGCAUUUCACUUCACUAUUUCUCGUGAUUGACCCAGCCCAGCUGCAUUUUCUUCAAAAGUUCUAUUGGUAUUCAGUUAAAGAAGGCCAAGGUUUACUAUGCACUGCGAAGAGUGAAUUGACAUAAAAACAAAAGAAAAGGAAACAAAGCUGAAAAAGUGACUUAUCAAUGUUUCAUGGUGAGGAAACUAUAAGUUUCUGAAUGUUUUGUAGGUAACAGCCAACUAUCGGAACUCAAUUACAAUACCAAAGAGAGGAUGGGCGAAUGUAAGGGACAUUAUUGGUGAGUCACAUCCUCUACUUUCACUUUCUUGGCUUGCUUCUGAUCAGUUAGAACUGGCUGUCAAAAGUGGUUCAGUCAAAAAUACCCUUCAUAUUUAAUAAGAAAGACGCAUCUAGAUCAGGCAAAUUGAAUGCUAAGAAAGUGAGAAUUUUCAGAUGAAAUCACAGUAGCCAUUGUGUUGUACCAAAACAGUGAAAGGGAAGCCAUGUUGAUAUACCAACUAUUCCUGUGGUAAAUGUUGUUUUUGUUCCGAUUAUUGUAUAUUUCAGUCGAAACCAAAUUUGUAAACAAGAGCAAGUAAGAACAGAGGAUCCACUAGGACCCAAUCGAAAUCAAAAGGAGAAACAAUUAACUGCAAAGCGAGGUCGAAGUUGAUUCCGGUUUCGUAAUGGAUUGGUUGAGAACAGUGGCGCAAGUUUUCUUGAGCAAAGAAGAGCCAAAACAUCUAAUGCAGAUGGAUCAUUUUUGACCCGUGAUUGAACAUUGCUUUACGUUAGACCUUAUCAGUUGUUAUCUCUUUUUUAUCAGAUGAUUUUGUGAAGAAAAUGGAUGACGAUGAAGAAGAUGAAGAAGAAGAAGAAGAGGAGGAGGAGGAGGAGGAAGAUGAAGAAGAAAGAGGGGACUAA